AUGGAAAUCAUUACGGAGAGGUUCUACUUGAACCUUUUCCGUUCAUCAACUCCUAUGUCAAGCCUGAUCAUCCCCACCGGUGAAGCUCCACCACGGGUUCUCUCUUCGGAAGUACGAGUCGCUAUCAAGAGCAUGAAACCUGGCACAGCCCCCGGACCUGAUUUUAUAUCAACAGACUUUCUUCGGGCUGGUGGCCAUCUUCAUGUAAUCUUAGCAGCGCACAUGACAUCCUACCUUCAGAAAGAAAGGAUCCCAGACCAGUGGAACACCUCGCGAACCGUUCUUAUCCAUAAGAAAGGUGACCGAGAGGAUCUUCGGAACUACCGUCCGAUAUGCUUGCUGAGCGUGUUAUACAAAGUAUUCACCAAGAUCAUCCCCACGCGCAUAGCUGGGACGCUGGAUGAAGCCCAUCCUCAAGAACAAGCUAGAUUCCGUCAGGUGUUCAGCUGCUUGGACCACAUCCAGACCGUGUCGAGGGUCAUUGAGGUUUGCCGGGAAUACCGCCUGCCCCUUGUUCUAACUUUCGACUAUGAGAAAGUCUUUGACAGCGUAGAAACGAAUGCAUUUCUGUCAGCGCUGGUCGGUCAAGGUGUGGACGCGUCAUAUGUGGAUAUUAGCCAAUUGCUACGAUCGAUGCACGACUAG